AUGGAGAGCUCUUCGCCAUCCACUAGCGACGACAAGGACCCCAGCCGCGGACCCCUCCUAGAGCGCCGCCAGCAGAUAACAGAUGCGCUUGCCGCCUCCCCCUACGACUUGAUCCUCUACCUGGAACGGGCCGUUGUCUAUUCUCACCUUGCAUAUCCAGACCUUGCCGCCGGCGAUGCCUACCGUGCCCUGCUCCUAGCCGACGAGGUGCGUGACGAAAGCUUCGAGUAUCACGAACGGGCUCGGGAGGCCCUCCGAGGCUACUCUACGACGCCGUGUCCAGACGUGCUUAACCAUGGCAACCUCAUCCGAGAUCUUCCCGGGGUAAUCGACGGAGCUGACGGGCCGGACGGAGUCGAGCCCUACCACCUCCUGGCCAAUUUCGCCACUGUCCGCUGCUUCCAGAUUAUAUCGCUUAGCCUCCUGCUCUGUGGCUGUCUGCAGAGCGCAAUGAGCUUCUGCGAAAGGGGGCUCAACAUGUUGCCCCAUAACAAGGAGCUCCUCGAGAUUAAAGGGUACAUUGAGCAGGUCGCCAGGCGCAGGCUGAGGAAGCAGCCAGAUGAGCCCAUCGAGAUAAAUAGCCUUCCCGAUCAGGGCGUUGUGCGCCGGGAAGUCUAUCCCUGGAACACGCACGAACCGGACCGCUUUUCCAACGAGUCCCUUUCCUUCUUGAACAACGAACUCUCCAUCAUGGCUCCCAAGUGCGAGGUCAGAGUGUCGACCCUGCCCGUUUUGCUCGAGGGCGAGAGCAACACCGACGGCUACGAGAUCAUCCCCACCUGCAACCAGCUAGGUCUCUUUGCAAAGGAAGACAUCGCCCCAGGCGAGACCGUUCUGGAGGAGUACUCGCUGCUGACGGCCAACAACCGACACAAAGAGUCGUCCUGUGAUGCCUGCGGCACCGAGCUACCACCCCUCCAAGCCGACUCAAAAGCGGUCAGCUGCCCAGAGUGCCAUGACACAAUAUUCUGCGAUGAAUUCUGCUUCGAAAAGGCCCAAGAGCAGUACCACCCGGCCGUCUGCGAUAAGGACGUUGACGCCAUCGCCAAGGAUCCCGACGCCCGCGACGUCGACCAGUCACUCUACCUGUUGCUCCUUGCGCGCCUCCUAGCCAUGGCAGCACACCAGGAUAUCCACCCGCUCGAGGUCAAGGAGAUCAAGUACAUCUGGGGCGACUUUGUGCCCACGAGGCUGAACGACAUUGACUGCUCCGUGACAGCAGAGCCGCCGCCGGAGUGGACGCUGCCUUUUUCCUUCCGGUACAAUAUCGAGAUACCCCUGCACGUGCUCGACAAGAUGGACGUCGACAUAUAUGCUACGCUCGACCGCCACGACCUGUGGGUCUUCAACACGGCCUACGCCAAGUUCCGCGGCACCGCCUCAGCCCGCAAGAGCUCGCGUGACGGCCGCCCGGACGUGGCCGCCGUCCACCCCUUUUGGUGCCUGGCCAACCACGACUGCGACCCCAACGUCACGUGGGAAUGGGGCGGCCGCAUGGUGCUGUGGGCACGCGAGACGAGGGUCGUCGGCGGCCGCAGGGGCGGCAUUGCCGCUGGCGACGAGAUUCUCAACCACUACUGCGACGUCAACCUGCCCGUGCAGCAGCGCCGCGAGUGGGCCCGCGGCAGCCUCGGCGGCUGGUGCAUGUGCCAGCGCUGCCGCGACGAGGCGGCCAUGCCAAAGGAAAAGUUGAUGAAUUGGUUGAAUUAA